AUGUCUCUUUCUGGCAAGACUGUUUUAGUCACCGGUGCGGCCGGGUACAUCGGUUCUCACACGUGUUUGCAACUGUUAAAAGAAGAAUGCAAAGUUAUCGCGUACGACAAUUUGGACAACAGUUCGUUCGAAUCUUUAGAACGCGUGAAACGCUUGAGCGGAGGAAACGGAAACCUGAUGACGUCCAUCGAGGGAGAUAUUUUAGACGGAGAGAAGUUAGACGAGGUUUUCGAGGCGAAUGAGAUUUUUGCGGUGAUACACUUCGCCGGUUUAAAAGCCGUCGGUGAAUCCGUCUCGAAACCGCUGAGAUAUUACGAAAAUAACAUCAACGGGACGGUGGUUUUGUUGAAAUCGAUGGUCAAAGCGAAGUGUAAAUCGAUCAUAUUUAGCAGCUCGGCGACGGUGUACGGGGAACCGAAAACGGUACCGUGCACGGAGGAAUUCGAGACGAGCGCGUUGAACCCGUACGGGAAGACGAAGCUGUUUAUUGAGCACAUUUUAACGGACCAACACGCGAGCGAUAACGAGUGGAACUGCUUGAUUUUGAGGUAUUUCAAUCCAGUCGGGGCGCAUCCGAGCGGAGAAAUUGGAGAAGAUCCGAAAGGGAUACCGAAUAAUUUGAUGCCUUUCGUGCAGCAAGUCGCGGUCGGGAGACGACCGGAGUUGUCGGUGUUUGGAACGGAUUACGAUACGAAAGAUGGGACGGGGAGGAGAGAUUACAUUCACGUGGUGGAUUUGGCGGACGGGCACGUCGCGGCGUUGAAGAAGAUUGCCAAAGAGAACGGGAAGUGUGGGAGAAUUGUAGUGAAUUUAGGCACUGGUAAGAGCACGAGCGUGUUAGAGUUGGUUGGUGCGUUUGAGAAAGCGGCCGGGAAGAAGAUUCCUAUGAAGAUGGUAGCGAGAAGACCGGGAGACGCGGCGGAGGUGUACGCGAAAACCGAUUUGGCGUACGAGAUUUUAGGAUGGAGAGCGGAGAAGACGAUCGAGGAGUGUUGCGUGGACCAGUGGAAUUGGGCGAGCAAGAACCCGUACGGGUACAGCGGCAAAGAAGAUUAA